CAACAAGCCACAAAACUUCAAUACUGAAUUAGUGAAACAACCCAUGGUAAGAACUCCAGUUCACUAGAACCUAAUUCCUCCAGUUCCUCUCAGAAGCGCCACCACCUCUGGAGGUCGCCAUUCUUUUUUCCGUUUGUUGGCACCGACCUAUUGAAAUCCUAGGGAAUAUCCAGCCUACUGAGACCCAUAUCACCCCUUUUCUAUUCCCCGCGUCGGCUACGCCUUCUUGGUGGAGUUGGUUGGGGAAAAUGGCGAAGAAGAAAGAGGGGUCGGUGAACGUUUCGGGGAAGCCGGAGCACUCGUUGGAUGUUAACAGAGAUGGCGGCAUAACUAAAUCCAAUAAUGGACGGAGCGCCGCCACGGUGCAGCGGCUCAAGGAAUUGCCAUCAACUCGUAUUAUGCCUGACCGACCUAUGGCGCAAGACAUGGGUAUGUUUACUGUGCCACAGACGAUUGGUAGUGUUUUAUGCUGCAAAUGUGGUAUUUUAAUGCAACCAAAUGCGGCGAACAUGUGUGCCAAAUGCCUGCGGUCCGAAGUAGACAUAACAGAAGGCCUUCAGAAGCAUGUUAUUAUCAUCCAUUGCCCUGAAUGUGACACUUACUUGCAACCACCAAGGACUUGGAUCAAAGCUCAGCUGGAAUCGAAAGAGCUACUGACCUUCUGUGUGAAGAGGUUGAAGAACUUGAACAAGGUUCGUUUGGUACAUGCAGAGUUCAUUUGGACUGAACCUCACUCCAAGAGGAUUAAAGUCAAGUUGAGGGUCCAGAAAGAGGUUCUCAACGGAGCAAUACUUGAACAAGCUUACACUGUUGAAUAUGUUGUGCAAGAUCAGAUGUGUGAGUCUUGCUUGAGGGUCCAAGCGAAUCCUGAUCAGUGGGUUGCUGCGGUGCAACUGCGGCAGCAUGUUUCUCACAGACGCACUUUCUUCUAUCUUGAGCAGCUAAUUCUUAAACAUGAUGCUGCUAAAUAUGCCAUCAGGAUUAAGCAGAUGGACGAAGGCGUUGAUUUCUUCUUCAGUAAUCGGAGUCAUGGUGUAAAGUUUGUUGAGUUCUUGGGCAAAGUAACUCCAAUUAGGAGUCGUAAUGACAAACAACUUGUGUCUCAUGAUCCAAAGAGCAAUAAUUACAACUAUAAGUAUACUUUCUCGGUUGAAAUCAGCCCUAUUUGUCGUGAGGAUUUGAUUUGUCUUCCACCUAAACUUGCUGUCAGCUUGGGAAACUUCGGACCACUUGUAAUAUGCAACAAAGUGACCAACAUCAUAGCUCUAUUAGAUCCAUUCACCCUUAGGCAAAGCUUCCUGGAUGCUGAGCAAUAUUGGAGAUCAUCAUUUAAGGCCUUAUUGUCGAGUACGCAGCUGGUUGAAUACAUAGUAUUGGAUGUGGAGCCUGUUUCUUCUGAAGUCAAUGUUGGUGGCUUAAAGUAUGUUUUAGCUGAUGUCCAAGUAGCUCGUUUAUCUGAUUUUGGAAAGAAUGACACGAUUUUUAAUGUGAGGACACACUUGGGACAUAUUUUGAAUCCCGGCGAUUAUGCUCUUGGUUAUGACUUAUAUGGUGCCAACAAUAAUGAUAUCGAAUUGGACAAGUACAAAGGUCUUGUGCUCCCAGAUGUGAUACUUAUUAAAAAGAGCUAUGAAGAGAAGCGCCAAAAGAGGCGGGGAAAACCUCGUUCCUGGAAGCUUAAGUCUCUCAAUAUGGAGAUUGAUAAUACCUCCAGAGGUAAAGAUAAUGAGGAGAAGAUGAAUUCAGAGUAUGAACAGUUCUUGAGAGAUUUGGAGGAGAACCCUGAUUUAAGAUUUAAUCUGUCCCUUUACCGCAACAAAGAAUACCAGCCAUCAGAAAUGGCUUCUAUGACUGAUGGUGAGGAUGUUCCUUCUGUUCCAUUAGACGAGUUGCUUGCAGAUCUUGAUUUAAGUGAUGAGGAAGAAGAUGGUGAUGAUGAUAAUGAUAGUAUGAAGGGCGGUAAGCAUUUUUUGAUAAGCUGUAUGGUUUAAUGUUUCUUGAUGCUUUGUUUAGGAUAGACAUCUCUCAGAUCAAAAUCACUCCUGAUAUUAUUGGUAAGAAGAUUUGUGAAGCAUGAAUUAGAAACCUUAAAACUGUUUCUUGGCUUCAUUUUACUUUCAUAGUUAUAGGUUAAAUUCAAGGAAGUGGUAAAAGAGUUGCUCCAGAUUUACCUUUGUUUCUUUCUGUGUUCAGUGGAUGGGGAGGUGUUGAAAUUCUGUUGAUAUGUUCUCACGGGAAGUUAUACCCAACUUCUGCCUCAUAUAUUUAUUUUUCUGGAGAUUCUUGUAACAGAAAUCUGAGCUUUAAUGUUUUUUGUAGCCCCCACUUAGAAUUCCUCUUUCGUUUUCUUACAUGUAUGACUUUUGUAGCUGCUGCUGAAUUUUGUUAUCCA